UCUAAAUAUAUAAAUUAAUAAAACACAACAUCAUUUUCAUCCCAUUGUGUUAACUUAAGUAUUGAAUACCAUUAACAUGCUACUGCUUCUGUGUAGAUUACUAUUCAUUGCAUAUUAAUUGUGGUGGAAGUAUAACAACUAUUGGAAGCAUAAAUUAUGAAGCGGACACAGACUCUGGAGAUCCAUCAAAAUUUUAUGAAGCCGGAACUAGAUGGGGAUUUAGUAGCACGGGACACUUUCAAAAUGCAAUCAAAAAAGACCAAAACUACAUGGCAAAUAACGUAUCUGUGCUCACGAUGCAUGACUAUGAAUUGUACACGAAUGCACAUGUCUCUCCUCUUUCUCUUACAUAUUAUGUGCAGUGCUUAGCAAAUGGAAAAUAUACUGUGAGACUUCACUUUGCGGAAAUAGUAUUUAGAGGCAACAAAUCUUUUUACAGUCUUGGAAGACGGAUAUUUGAUGUUUAUAUUCAGGAAGCAAAAGGGGUUGAUAGAGCAGUCAUUAUAAACAUUAAAGCAGUUCCAGUUACUAAUAAAAGUAUAGACAUUCGCUUUCAUUGGGCUGGGAAAGGGACAACAGCUGCUCCAAGAAAAGGAACAUAUGGUCCUCUUAUUUCUGCCAUCUCUGUGGAGUUUAAUUCCAGAUCUAGCAAAUGGGAGAAAAUCAUUGCAAUUGGAGCCACAGUUUUUGUGUUAUGUGUUAUUUUUAUGAUUUUAGGCAUUCUUCGGCGGAAAGGCUUUUUGGGAGGCAAGAUUUCAAGAGUAAAAGGUAAUAAAUACCAUGCAAAUCUUGAUGUAGAAAGGUUUAAAAAAUAAUAAUUUUCUCCAGCUAUUUGAGUAGUCAGAACAUUGUAUUGCAUUUGAAAGACUCAGUACUCUAUUGCAGCUUCCAAUAAACUUUUUUUUUCCGCCUUUAUGCCUAGA